AUGGCCUCUAUUGCUGUGAUCCCCGCCGGUGGUACCUGGUUCGACACUCUCCGGAAGUCGUUUGUUGACGUUCCCAUUGAUACCGCUAACGACGACGGUAUCGCUACUACCGAGUUCCUCGAGGCCGCCGAAUCUCUGACCACCCUAUUCGAUCUGCUCGGCUCUGUCGCAUUCUCUCCUGUCAAGAAUGACUUGCUAGGAAACAUCAAGAAAAUCAGAGACAGGCAGCUUGCGGCUCCUGAGGAGUCUGCCACGCUGCAGGCCCUCGUCCUGAACGAGUUGAAGACAAAGAAGCACACUGCCACCGAGGGGCUGGUCUGGCUUGUCCGAGGUCUCGAUUUCACCGCUCAAUCCCUCCGACACAACAUUGACAACCAGUCUGAGGAGCUGGCUACUUCAUUCCGUCACGCUUAUGGUAACACACUUAAGCCUCACCACUCCUUCGUUGUCAAGCCCAUCUUCAGCGCUGCCAUGUCAGCAACCCCGUACAGAAAGGACUUCUACCCCAAGCUGGGCGAUGAGACCAAGGUCCAAGCCGCAUCGCAAGAGUAUGUGGCAGCCCUCGAGAAGCGCGUCGCUAUCUUGAAGGCUUUCCAGGAUCGCAAGGAAGCUAAGUGGUAG